AUUUUUGAAAAAGUUUUAAAGUUUGAAACUUGAAGAAAACCAGCAAUACUAUAAUUUGUCCAGAUUUGUCCACAAUGUACAGAUUUUACUCAUCUCUGUUAUGUUCUCUGUUGGCCCUGCUUGGUAAAACAGUGACAUGCGACUAUAUAAUUGAUGCAUCGCAAGGUCUCGGCAGAAUGUUUGAUGGUAUUGGAGGCAUUAGUGGAGGUGGGGCAACAUCAAAACUGCUGGUUAACUACCCAAAGAAACAGAGAGAUGAAAUUCUAGAUUACCUAUUCAAGCCGAACUAUGCAGCGUCCCUGCAGAUUUUGAAGGUUGAAAUAGGGGGUGACUCUCAGAGUACAGAUGGUAGUGAAUCAUCACACAUGCAUACUGAGGAGGAUGAGAACUACCAGCGAGGAUAUGAGUGGUUCAUGAUGAAAGAAGCUAAAAAGCGUAAUCCAGAUAUUAUACUUUAUGGGUUACCUUGGGUAUUCCCUGGGUGGCUAGGAGGAGGUAAAUUCGACCCAUUCUCCAACAGGACCAAUCUGGUGCGCUACACUACCAACUGGGUAAAAGGAGCUAAGAGGGAACAUAAUUUAACAAUAAAUUAUGUUGGGGUGUGGAAUGAAAGGACAUGUGACUAUGACUACAUAAAGAUGCUACGUAAAGCUCUUGACGUUGAUGGAUUCAAUGAUGUCAAAAUUGUGGCGUGCGAUGGAGGAUGGGGGUUUAUUGAUGAUGUCAUAUCAGACCAGGAUUUAGCGGACUCCAUUAAUGUAUUAGGAGCACACUACCCAGGAUCUCAGACACCAUCAAAUGCUCUUAGGAUUGAUCGCAAGCUUUGGGCAAGUGAGGAGUACAGUGCUUACAAUGAUGAUAAGGGAGGCGGUUGUUGGGCCAGGAUUCUUAAUGAGGGAUACACUGAUGGUUUCCUGACUGCCUUCAUUUCUUGGAAUCUUAUAUCAAGCUAUUACAAGAAUCUGCCUUACUCCCGUAGUGGCUUAAUGACUGCUGAUGAACCAUGGAGUGGCCACUACACUGUCAACUCACCAAUCUGGAUCUCAGCCCACCAUACCCAGUUCUACAGGCCAGGCUGGCAGUAUCUACUACAUGGCUAUGGUGUAGGAAAUCUAGCACUGAAUGGAUCAUACAUCAGUCUCAUCAGUCCGGAUCACCAGGACCUAACUGUUGUCAUAGAAACAAUGGAUCCAAAUAUCGUGACAUGUUUCUACCCGCAGCCAAAAUACAAUAUAUCAAGCCAGACUGCUGUUUUCAAUAUUGGCGGAAAACUAAAGAGGCAGAUUAACAUGUUAUAUGUAUGGAGGACAAGAUUAACAUUUGAUGGCAAAGAUUCCCUAUUUCAACAGUUAGAUCCAAUUAAGGUUAUUGAUGGAAAAUUCAUAUUACAUCUGAACACAAAUGAAGUUUACACCCUAAGUACAAUACAUCGCUCGAAACAAGUGACACCUGCUAUUAAGCCAAGUGGCCAGUUUCCAACAGAUUAUUCAGACGACUUUGAAGAUUAUCCAGAGUUUGGUGAACCAUAUAACUUUGCUCAACAAGCAGGUGUAUUUGAGGUACGUACAUUUGUAACAGAUGGAAAAGCAGAGAAUGUCAUGCAGCAAGUGGUACCAGAGCCCCCUAUUGAUACAUGUCUGCCCAAGCGUAUGACACGGCCAAUCACACUUAUCGGCAACUACAACUGGACUGAUGCUGACGUUAGUGUUGACUUCAACAUUCCAACAAAAGGUGGUGCCACUGGUGUGUUUGUAGCGCAAAGGGUUGAAACUGGUGGAUGUAACGUCAUGUAUUCAAGUGGCGUGUAUCUCUGGCUAACACCUCCAUGUGGCUACAUCUUGUCAUCUGACUAUGCAAAGACUAAAGUGUAUGACUCAGGCUGGGCUAAAAUUGAGCGUGAUACAUGGUACACAUUGAGAUUACAGGUACAAGGUAAUCACACCAUAGCAUAUUUGAAUGGUGAAAAAAUUGUUGAUGCUCUCAUAAAUCCUCAAUCUACAAAUGGCUUCAUUGGUGUAGGUACAGAGAACUUUGCAAAUGCUAGUUUCAACAACUUUAAAAUGCAGUCUCCUGGACCUAAUAUACCUCACCAGUAUAGGGAAGAAAUUCCAAAAAGGCCCUACUCAUGCAUUAUUGAUAAGGAGGAGUAUGUAUCAGAUAAAGAUGAAAUACUUACUAACAGGAACUUAAACUCUCAGGGAAAACUUCAUGCAAAUGUUGCUAGAUUACACCAACAAGGAAACCCUAUGUUUCCUAAACACUCAAAGAAAAUAAAAGAACAGGUAUUUGGCAAUGGUGUGUUUAAACAGGAGAUUCCUAAUAACUAUAAGCCAUAG